AUGAAGUUACUUUCAUCGCUGCUCGCCAUUGCGGCGGCUCUCUCCCCCAUUAUAUCUGCUCUUUCCGUCACCUCGACCAGGACGUGGAAUAUUACGAGUGACGUUCAGGGAUCCGUGCGUCUCAACGGUUUAUCCUUCCAGCAAAAUGCCCUUCUUACAUAUGGAAACUACCAGUACGUAGCCUUUUACGCCACCGCUACUGGAUAUGGAAAACACUACGUCAAUCUUGGACGCCGGAAAAUCUCGCCUCAGCUGGGUGACUGGCAGUACUUUGCUUUUACCGACUACGUUCAGACCACGUUCGAUGAACACAACACCAUCAGCAUGGGUAUCAGCGGCGAUGGAAAGAUACACCUGUCCUUUGAUCACCACGAUACCGUGCUCAACUACCGCGUUAGCAAGGCUGGUCUCGCCACGGAUGUCCCUGCAGAAUGGACAGCAAGUGCCUUUGGACCCGUUCUCCAUGAACUGGAAGGGCUACCCGGUCCUUGGUCGCCUGUGACAUACCCUCGUUUUGUGUCGAAUGCCGGGGGAAACCUGUUUUUUGAGUUUCGCAUUGGCAAAUCCGGCGCUGGCGACUCCUACCUGCACCAGUACACCACCACGGGGCAAUGGUCCAGUGCCGGGAAGUACAUAGAGGGCGACAACAACAAUGCCUAUCUCAACGGCAUCAACGUCCACGAAGGCAUUCUCCAUGUUUCAUGGACGGUUCGCGAAACACCCGAUGCAAGCACAAACCACGACUUUUACUAUGCUCAGUCAGAUCAGGACGGACGGGCCUGGAAUCAAACCAAUUUCCAAGCAGUCAGCUACCCUAUACGGACUACAGACCCUAAGGUCAGGGUCUUUGCGAUACCGCAGAACAGCCAGAUUAUAAACCAGGAAGGGCAGUUUGUAGACGGCAAAGGACGCUUCCACGCGCUUAUGCGCGAUAAUACAACCGGUACUGCCCAGUUCUAUCAUUACCUGCGGGUACCCACGGGCGGAUUUAGUAAGACUCCCAUCAAGGUACCCGGCCUCUCUGCACCGCCAUAUCUGUCGUACCGAGGCAAGAUUGUGGCUUCUGGCGACAAUUUAAUCGCGGUAUUGCCAGACCAGCCGAAGAUGACGAUUCAGAUCUGGACUUCGACUGCGGGAGGGAGCUACACAGACUGGAAGAAACUGGCAGAAAUCCCCAAUUCCGCCGGCGAGCCCUUGGUGGAUGAGGAAAGGUUGACUAAAUUCAGUGUCUUGAGUUUGUUUGUAAGACAGGGCGGACCGUUUCCAGAGCGCAAGAUCCAGGUAUGGGAUUUUAGUCUUUCAUCUUGA